AUGGAGGACAUAUUCCACUGGUGCCGCGAGGGCAACUCGAUUCAGGUGCGGCUCUGGCUGGACGAUACCGAGCAUGACAUGAACCAAGGUGAUGAUCAUGGCUUUAGUCCGCUGCACUGGUGCGCUAAGGAGGGCCACACGAAGUUGGUGGAGAUGCUACUGCAUCGUGGUGCCCGGGUUAACGCAACCAACAUGGGUGACGAUAUUCCGUUGCAUCUGGCCGCGGCCCACGGGCAUUUGGAGAUUGUGCAGAUGCUCGUUCGCCACCGGUCGGACGUGAACGCGGCCAACGAGCACGGUAAUACGCCGCUGCACUAUGCCUGCUUCUGGGGCUAUCAACCGAUCGCGGAGGAGCUGGUCAGCAACGGUGCUCUGGUCUCGCUGGCCAACAAGGACGGGGACACCCCGCUGGACAAGGCCAAGGCGUCGGUCGCCACUCGGCUGCACAAUCUGGCGGUGGAAAGUGGUCAGGAGCUGAAGAAGAUCAGCUUCAAGGAUCAGAGCUGGCUGGGUAUGAAGACUCGGUCGCGGGAUGCGACGUUGUCGCGGUUCAAGGGAAUCAACAUCCAGGACUUGAUGCUGCACACCAAGUUGGCGAUUACGCCGGGAGGCGAGACGUGGCGCGGUAGAUGGCAGAAUAACGACAUUGUGGCGAAGAUCUUGGCGAUUCGCGAGUGCAACGCGCGGGUUAGUCGCGAUUUUAACGAGGAAUUUCCCAAGUUGCGAAUCUUUUCGCAUCCGAACAUUUUGCCGGUGAUUGGAGCUUGCAACGCCCCACCGAGGUUGAUCGUCAUUAGCCAGUACAUGCCGCGGGGAUCGCUUUAUGACUUGUUGCAUGGUGCCGCCGGAAUCGUUGUCGAUACGGCUCAGGCCGUCCGGUUCGCGCUGGAUAUUGCUCGCGGUAUGGCGUAUCUGCAUUCGCUGGAGAGGAUCAUCCCGGAGUAUCACCUGAACAGCUUCCACGUCAUGAUCGACGACGACCUGACGGCCCGUGUCAACAUGGCGGACGCCAAGUUCUCCUUCCAGGAGCGUGGCCGCUCGUACCAGCCGGCCUGGAUGAGUCCGGAGAUGUUGCAGAAGAAGCGCAGCGAACGCAACUGGGAGGCGUGCGACAUGUGGAGCUUUGCCAUUUGCAUCUGGGAGUUGGCCACGCGGGAGGUUCCGUUUGCCGAGCUGUCCCCGAUGGAGGCCGGCAUGCGGAUCGCCACCGAGGGGCUUCGGGUGACGAUUCCGCCGGGUACGUCACCGCACCUGACGAAGCUGAUUAGGAUUUGCAUGAACGAAGACCCCGGCAAGCGUCCCAAGUUUGACAUGAUUGUGCCGAUUCUGGAGAAGAUGAAGCGCUGAGCGUUGUCCGGGAUGUGUUCAAAAUGUGCCUUCAAGUGUUUAACCCUUCGUGGUUUAUUUAUUUUUCCUUUUAACAGUCCUGAAAAUAAUGAUGAUUUACUCUGCCAAAAAGUAACAGUGUGCUGAAUAUUUAACAUAUUUUUUGACUAAGCAUGUCGAAUUAUAACAAGUGUUUUAAGUUUGUUGGCACCCCCACAGAAACCAAGUAAUCAAACGAAAUCGAUGUGUCUUACGAGGAGAUAGUAUUAGAACAUGUGUGUAGGGACAGACGAAUUGAAAAUUCACAAUUAACUGGACUUAAUCAAAAACGUUGUAGUUGCAUGUGCGUACACAACUAACGAUUUUAAAAUGAUUGUAGGAGAUUUAUUUUAAUAAACGUUUAUUGACGAUAACAGGUAAA